AUGGAAGCGCUGGUGCCAGUGCCAGUGGAAGAGGAACUCUAUUUAGCUGCAAAGAUGGACGAUGCGUCAAAGUUCGAAGCCCUAUUUCGACAAUAUCCGUUUGUUGUUGAACAAGCUGCGUAUGCUAGAUCAAGUAACUUGUUGCACAUUGCAACAAAUGAGGGAAAAGAACAGAUCGUGGGUCAAUUGAUGCAAAAUGUCCCACGACUUGCUAGAGCCGUCGACGACAAACGAUCGACGCCACUCCACAUUGCGGCAGCGACAGGGGACGUCGAGAUUGUCAGAUGGCUAUUUUCUAUAGCCCCCAAGAUGAUUUGGCGGCUAGACGACCACGGUAUGAACCCGGUUCAUGUCGUAGCCGCCAACGGCCGUGUCGACAUCCUCCGCCUUUUGCUAGAGCGUGACCCCUCUCCCGGGAUGGAGUUGCUGGAGGGUCGCCGGAGUGUGCUCUCGUUGUGCUUUCCGGAUUUUCUUCAUACGAAGGACGCCGAUGGUAAAACGAUCAUGAGCUUGGCGUUGGAGUACAAGCAUCCUGAGAUCAUAGCACAUCUGACUAGAAAUGGUGCAUACAAUCCCAUCACUACGAUGAUCCAAAAUGUAUCCGGAAUGUCCCCCGUUGUGUUGACUUUGAUUGCUCAGAUGGUGCAAGCGGCGAGCCUCAGCCCCCGGGCGGCUUUUGGCAGGACACCACGAAAUCACACGAAGCCGGAAAGGCGGUGGUAG